AUGCAGGAGUCCCAGCCCAUACCAGAGCAGCCACCACCAUACUCGUCAUACACUAGUGGACCCGACUCAUAUGAGUAUGAGCCCAUCGAAGCCGGCCAGAUUAGGUUGCUUUCCCUCCUUGCAGCCGAUUCCUUCAACGAGCAAUUAAUAUGCGAGAUUACGUGCUACCCCAUCUCCGGGCCGGACCGCCCAGCAUACACGGCGGUCUCCUAUGUCUGGGGUGCCCAAAUCAGCAGUCACGAAGUCUACUGCGACGGUAAGCUUGUUGUGAUUGGGCUCAACCUCGAUUCAGCUCUCCGCCACCUGCGGCGCCGCGACCGAUCCGUCAUUCUGUGGGUAGACGCGCUGUGCAUCGAUCAGAGCAAUGUCGCGGAGAGAAAUCACCAGGUCAGUCUCAUGCGCAGCAUUUUCCGCUCCGCCGAGGAGACUAUCGUGCACCUGGGCGACUUGGGCGGCAACGUUUCGCUUUCAGCCUGGAACUUUCUGGAGCGCCAUAGCUCGUGGGCGCUUAACGACGACGGGGAGAGGGACAGUUCACGCCCCGCGAUGCUCGAGAGGUCGACCGAGUUCCGCGGGGAUCUUCACGACGUCUGCCACGAUGUGCUGUGCCGGGACUGGUUCACGCGUGUUUGGGUCUUCCAGGAAGCCGUCGUCUCCAAGACCGUCUCGAUCCAGUGUGGUCACCGCCGCAUCCCAUGGGACGACUUUGUCAAGGCAACGGUGCUGCAGGCCCGCAAGCACGACCUCUACGGCGAGAGCCUUCGACAGCAGUACCUGUUUGAGUCGGUGAGCCGGAUAUGGGAGGCCCGCGUGGCCUUCCAGGUGUUGCACCACCAGGAGCACAACCUUCCAAAUUGGUACGGGCAGCUUACCCUGGGCGAGAAGAAGAGCACAAGCACGGAUAUUCUCGACAUGAUGGUGCGCGCGCGAGGACUCGAGGCUACAGAUCCUCGCGACAAAAUCUUUGCCCUGCUAGGCCUCAGCAGCGGCUUCGAUUGGGUGGGCCUCGGCACCAUCGACUACGGCAAAAGCGUGGCGGUAGUCUACACGGCCUUUGCGCGGGAUAUCAUGAUGACGAGGAACGAUUACACGGCCCUCAGCUACCUCGGUCACAAACCAUCACGUGGGGAAAAGCCGUGGAUAGCAUCACGAGUAGCCAACAUCUGGUCGCACCAACAUCCCGACUCCGGAGAAUCCAUCAAGAGGACGAGCGGGCCGCACAGUGUACCGUCGUGGGUCGCCAACUGGACGCAGACGCACUUGAGGGACCAUGAGCCUCGGGCCAUCAUUGAAGUUGUGGCGGCGGCGACAACGAUGGCGACGCAGAGCCUAGAGCUAACAGGGGUGCAGCGCAGUGCAGAUCUACGUGGUGAGAGGAUAACAGCUUUCCGGAGUUGGCUGCCGGCUGAUGUGCUCGCCGUGCACGGCCGGGUGCUCGGGGUGGUGGGCCGCACCGUGAAGCCGGCCUACCUGCAGGGCAAAGACGAGAUGCAUUUCGACGAGCUGCGGAAGCGGUGGCUCAAGUCCAAAUACAGCCGUCAGUAUCCCUUAGAGGCGUACAUCCUGGCAAGAUGGGAGAUACUUCUCAAUGCUCGCGUAGGAUACUUCAGCCAUCCUCCCAGCGCCUCUCAGGUUGACCCUGGUUCUCCUUCGCGCCGGCGCGCCCGCCACCUGGACAUGUCCGUGAGCGGGCUGCUAGACCGCCCCCCCGGCGCUCAUCGACGCGGCAGGCGCCUCCGAAGAUCAAGGAAGCUCAAGGCGUUUGUGGAUCUGCAGACAUGCCCGCCGAAACCAGGGUCGAUCGAGGAGCACCUCGUCGCGCGCGGGCGCAAGACGGUCGAGUGGUCGGACACGUCGUGGCCCGUCGAGUCCAUUGUCCGCGACCGGAGCUCCAUCAUCGACGCGCGGCUGAUUGGUCUUUUUGCGAAAGAAGAUGCCGCGGACACCAAGGCGCGAUGUGUUCUCCUCCCCGAGACGGCGGAGCCCGGCGACGUUGUGGUGUACUUUCCCGGUGCCAAGGUUCCCUUCCUCCUUCGCUCGUGUGUGGACGACGGAAAGGCAAAACAGCUCUACGAAUCAAAAGACUACUGGAAAGAACUCGCUGCAGGGAAAUUGCCGCAUUUGAAUGGGUCGGAGCGCUUUAUUUGGGGCCAUUUACUGGGAGAGUGCUGGAUCAACGAGUUUGACAAGCUUGCUUGUGAGGAAACGAAAGACGGCCUAUUUAUGAUUAUAUGA